AUGGCUACCGACCUCGCGGCAGGGACGCCUCUGGCGGCGGCGCUACAGAACCUCGUUCAGCCCAAGCUUGCCGAGUUUGGGUGGACAACGGGCGGCGACGACACGACUCUAUUCGACUACAUCCUGCUUAUGCUCUCGAACGGCAAGAACGAGGAGCAAGUCGCGACCGAGCUCUCGAACGACCUCCUCGACGAAGCCGAGGGCGAGAACACAGACACACACCGUUUCUCGCGAUGGCUGUUUGAACAGGUCGACCAGCUCCGCGGGCACUCUGCUGGUGGCAAUGCGCAAAUCACCGAUAACCAUAUGGGACAGGCCGUCCAAGACUCUACCGCAGCUUCGCAAGAUAUGGAGAUGGACGGCGUCUCUGAAGCCGGAGACGCUUCAUCAGGCACUAUACCUACUGGACCCAAAGCUAUGCGGAACGGCAGCGGCCCCAAGCAGGCACGCGGCGGCCGCAUGAUGAACCAGGUUAACAGGCAGAUGAACCGAAACGAUGAUCCUCUCCAUCGAGUCCGAGGAUCGCAGGGUGCUGGCCGUAUCAAUUCGCACGCACGCGAUCCUCCGAAAGGUCCCCGCGGUCAAAAUAUUGGACGCGGACUGGAGGCUAUGGCGAAUGGAAGGGGUGGUGGCAACAUCAAUGUAGGCCCCGGCAUGAACGCAAUGGGCGGGAUGGGUAUGAACAUGGGUAUGCCGAACAUGCCUAUGCCACCCAUGGGACAGAACCUGCCGGGCGGAGGAUUGAACCCACAACAGCAGAUGGCCCUCAUGUCCAUGUACGAGCAGCAAGCGCAGAUGAUGCAACAGAUUUUCUCUGGCCAGACUCCGCAACCCUUCGUCAACCCCAACUUCCAGAAAGGAAAGAAACCAUUUGCUCGUGGAUCGCAAGGGAACCGACAGAACCUGCCACCGUCGACCAAGUUCACGAAGAAAGAAGGCGAUGACGAGAAUAUGACCGAUGGAGCCGCGGCCGAGGGCGACGGUAUGCAGGCGGAGACGUCGCGGCAAGGGCCACCAGAUCCUUCGACAACGAUGUGCCAUUUCAACCAGAAGUGUGCCAAGGCCGAUUGUCCCUACGUCCAUUCGUCACCUGCAGCCCCCAAGACCGCAGUCGUCGAUAUGAACACUACAUGCGACUACGGAGCGGCGUGCAAGAACUUCAAAUGCGUUGGCAAGCAUCCCUCCCCUGCUAAAAAACAGCAGUUCCAAGCCGAACAGGAGUGCAUCUACUUCCCUAACUGCCGCGACCCUCAAAAUUGCCCGUACAAGCAUCCAAUUGAGAAACCUUGUCGCAACGGUGCCGACUGCGCGACCCCGGGCUGCACUUUCUGGCACAGCUCUGUAGUCUGCAAGUUCAACCCCUGCACAAACGCUCGUUGUACCUACAAGCAUCCCCAAGAGGGUCAGAAGACGGGCAUCAAGGGCAAGGCCAACGUUUGGGUAGCGCCGAAGAAUGGGGAAGAACAGAAGAAGGAACACGUCAGCGAGAGGAAGUUCAUUGACGAGAACCAAGAGGAGGAGCUCAUCAUCCCGGGCAAGGCCGACGCGGCGAUGGAUGAAGAUGCGAUUGAGUAG